CCUGUGGCACCACCCGACACAAGGAAAUCCUGUCUGGAGCAUGGCAGCUGUGGCAAACUUGGAGACUCUCGCUGCUGACUCCAGCUCGUCCAAUCUGCUAUCCGGACAGUUCCGAUCAAGUUACUCCAACUGGGAUUCGAAUUUAGCCUGCACGUUUUGCCGGGGCUCCCCAUGGGGCCCGGAUUGCUUCUGCCACGAGGAUUCUGGAGCUUUGAACCGGGUAUUUUGGUAGCUAUAAAAUGCUCAAUGCCACGCGGGUUUUCAUUAUGACAUGUCCUAUUCAGAAAUCUUGGAGUAGACGCCGUCAACAUGGCUUCCUCGAAUGACCAGCGCAUCAACGCCUAUACAUGGGCAUGCGGUCUCUUUGCCGCGGUCGGCUCCCUUCUGUACGGUAUCGACUCCGGAAUCGUCUCCACGGUUAUCGCGCAACCCGAGUUCCUGGAUUACUUCGCUCCUUUCACUCGUAAAGUCGCCCUCUCGUUUCCGUGAAUCCACAUCUAACACCUUGAAGCUAGCAUCAAAGGCGCUGUCGUGAGUACAUUCGGCGCAGGCACGGUGUUUGGUGUCUUCUUCGCAGGAUGGAGUGCCGACUACCUCGGGCGCAAGAAGACGAUCGCCAUUGGAGCCGUGAUCGCCCUGAUUGCUGGAAUUAUUCAGGCCGCCACGGUGCAUGUUGGCAUGCUGAUCGCCGGGCGAAUCGUCGGAGGGUUCGCCGUGGGAAUCAUGAAUAUGACGAUUCCCAUCUACAACUCAGAAAUUGCCCCAUCGCAUAGGCGGGGUUUGAUUGCUGGUCUGCACGCUCAGUUUGUUGGAAUCGGUUUUGCUCUUGCCAACUGGGUGGGCUUCGGCUGCUCUUACUCGACAGGCCAAUUCCAAUGGCGAUUUCCUCUGGCUUUUCAAUGUCUCCCGGCCAUUAUCAUCCUCAUUGGCAUCUUCUGGCUCCCAUACUCCCCGCGCUGGCUCCUCGAGCAAGAGCGCGACGACGAGGCUCUCAGAGUAAUCAAGAAACUCCACGGCCACGAAGGCCAAGACGACACCCUCGUCCGCGCCGAGUUCCACCAGAUCCGCGAACAGCUCCGGUUCGAGAAGAGCCAGUAUGUGGCCGGAUGGGCCGACCUCUUCAACCGCGCCAGCAACCGGAAGCGUCUUAUUCUCGCUGUGCUUGUCCAGGCAUUUACGCAGCUGAGCGGUAUCAAUGUUAUCAACUACUACCAGACAGAUCUGUACAAGGGGUUGGGGAUGCAGGGGCAUAAUGUUACUCUGCUUGCGGGUAUCUACGGGCUUGUCGGACCCCUCGCCAACUUGGUCUGCCUGUACUAUGUCGAUACCUGGGGUCGCAAGAAGACGCUGUGGAUCACCGGUGUCGCCAUGACACUCGACAUGGCCAUUGUCAUGGGCCUUUCUGGCGGAUUCGUCAACAGCGACAACAUGGUGGCCAAGGGCUUCACCAUUGCCUUUAUCUUCCUGUUCUCCAUGAUCUACUCCCUCGGCUACAACUCGAUCCACUACAUCUACGUCCCCGAAAUCAUGACCAUGGCCAUCCGCGCCAAGGGCUCGUCCAUCUCGGUGGUGUGCAAUGUCCUCAUCAACAUCGUCUUCAACCAGGUCUCGCCAAUUGCCUUUAGCAACGUCGGAUACAAGUACUAUUCGCUGUUCAUCUGCACAAACAUUGUCGGCGCAAUCACGGUCUUCUUGUACUUCCCCGAGACCAAGGGCAAGACACUCGAGGAGAUUGGGCAUAUCUUUGGGGACGAUGUUGUCGUUGCGGAUCUGCAGCAGGCGAGGGAGAAGAUCGAGGCGACGGAUGUCGAGAUGGUUGAGCAGGUGGAGGAGCGGAGGUGAUUGUGUCGUCAUCUGAACGCUGUGGGAUAUACUUUGGCAAGUAUGCCUCUGUUGCUCGUGCCAGCAAGAUGCACGCUGUACUGUAAUGUCGGAUGUGAAGGGGACAGACCUGUUGGGAACACGCUCUGACUCGAGUUAUCCCGAAUUUACCUUUCUCCUUCCUGAUCACCAUCAUCACCAAUAAUACUUGUCUUUUUUCAUACAUCCUCCCUGUCUGCCGCCCCAUCAGAGCGGGUCAGUACUUUUCUCUCGGUAGGAACCAAAAAAUAAGCAGGCGGCGGAUCACCCACAUCCGUCGACGAUCGCACAGUUUUGUGUCAAAAGAAGACUGUAACUCGAUUAUGGGGCAUGGACUUUGAUCUCAAAUGCAAGGAGCGGACCUUGGUGGCCGGUGCACGCGACACUCGCUCUGAGAGUCUUGACUCCUGAUGCCCAGCGCUGUGCACCGCCACCCUCUGGCACUAAUUGGGCCUCGACCCAGCCCCAGAGUAAUUGUGAUCAGUCCAAUGCUCGAGUUUCAUACUUCGCAGUUCUUGGAAUCGUCGCUCGCCAUUCUGCUUCGUCUUUCGUGCGACAGCAUCCCCCUCGUGGGCGUCUCAGCUGCAGGAACAGCCACCAUCCUGGCCCAUCCAUCCCAUCCCGACAACCUGGCACGCGACCACGACAGAAUUCACCGCAAAAAGCCUCUGCCAAGUCUGGAGGAUUGGCAGCCGCGGGUACCGCGAUGCGCAAGAUGGGGGGCAUCGGGCUUUACAUAACGCC